AUGGAGGUGUUUGUUUGCUGGUUCGCGUUUGUCUGGUUCACCGUAAGAGUGAGCGGUCAAUAUAAGUUCGUUUUCGACGCAGGAGAGAGUCCGACUGAAAGCACGUUACAGUUCAAUCUGCCUGGGCUAAACGAAAUCAAGACGCCUAGUUUUCCGGUAAAAUAUCCGAUCUAUGACGCACCAGCUGCACCCGGGUUCACGAUUGGCAACAGCAAAGAGAUCUUCCAGCGAUGUGGGGCCCUCAUCCGCAAGAUCGAGGUGACCCUCGACAAGGGCAAGCAGGCGGAGCAGAACCUCACCGCCCUGAGGAACAUCGUCCACGCCGAACUGGUCAAGGAGACCAGGGAAAGGGAGAAGACGGGGCUCACGUUGCGGCUCAACGAGAUCGAGAAACUCUUGACCGAACUUCAUGAUCGGAACACCAACGGCGAAGUUCGCUUCCGCACCUUCAUGCGCCAGAUGUCCGCGGGCGCGAUCAGGUCGCCGUCGUACGCGCACAGCGUCUUGGAGAACCUUCACAGGACGUACACGCUCGAGGUGGACGCACACCUGACCGCAGUGCGGAACGUGCUCGGGGACGCCGUAACCUUCCUCAAGAGCGCCGUGCGCAACUCGGGCAUGCUCCUCGGAGAGCUCGCCCGAAUCAAGCUCCACUUUCUCACCGGACUGUUUCGUCCACCGCGCAGGCCUUCUGACUUACAUUUCCUCGGAUAGUCGGCCAUAGCCACUCGCAGGUCGCCCUGCUCAUACAUCAUACAAAAGAU